UGUGUGUGCUGAACUGAGCGGAGGUGAAGAAGAGGAGGAUGAAGCUGGGAGCGGAGGAUGGGAGGAAGAGUGGAGUAAGAGACAGGCUAGCCGUGUGUGAAUGUGUGAGUGAGUGAGGAAGAGGAGAGGAAGGUCGUCCGAGGGACCGAAAACAAAGACUUACAUUUUUUGGCUUCACCUCUGGAACGUUUCUUGCGGAAACUUUCAACUUUUUACCCGCCACAGCUCGGCUUGUUGUGCCCGGAGCCGGCUUUGUUUCGCGGCGGGGGUGUCUGCGAUAAAUGAAGGAAUAAAAUAGAUCACCAUCGACCAUUUUCUACCCAAGCGGGGAAUACCCCGGGACUAUUUUUGACAAAGGUUACGAGAGAAUGGCGGCUAACAUGUACCGAGUGGGAGAUUACGUGUACUUUGAGAACUCCUCCAGCAACCCUUACCUGAUCCGCAGAAUCGAAGAGCUCAACAAGACAGCCAAUGGAAAUGUGGAGGCAAAGGUGGUGUGUCUGUUCAGGAGGCGAGACAUAUCUGGCAACCUCAACACUCUGGCUGACAGCAAUGCACGAGAAUUUGAAGAGGAGUCGAAGCAACCAGUGCUGUCAACAGAACAACAGAAACACCAACUCAAGCACAGAGAGCUCUUUUUGUCUCGACAGUUUGAAUCUCUACCUGCUACCCACAUACGAGGGAAAUGUAAUGUCACCCUCCUCAAUGAAACAGAUGUUUUGGUUGGCUACCUGGAGAAGGAGGAUUGUUUCUUCUACUCGUUGGUGUUCGACCCUCUCCAGAAGACUCUGUUGGCAGAUCAGGGCGAGAUCCGUGUGGGCUCCAAGUACCAGGCAGAGAUCCCUGACAAGCUAGCUGAGGGUGAAUCCGAUAACCGGAUGCAGGAGAAGCUGGAGACCAAGGUGUGGGACCCUAACAACCAGCUCAAAGACCCCCAGAUCGACCAGUUUCUGGUGGUGGCAAGAGCUGUGGGGACGUUUGCUCGGGCCCUGGACUGCAGCAGCUCCAUCCGCCAGCCCAGCCUCCAUAUGAGUGCAGCAGCAGCCUCCAGAGACAUCACACUGUUUCAUGCAAUGGAUACGCUGCAGAAGAACAGCUAUGACCUGGCCAAAGCCAUGUCCACCCUCGUCCCUCAGGGAGGUCCAGUGCUCUGCCGUGAUGAGAUGGAGGAAUGGAGCGCCUCAGAGGCCAUGUUGUUUGAGGAGGCUCUGGAGAAAUACGGGAAAGACUUCAACGACAUUCGUCAGGACUUUUUACCCUGGAAGUCACUAGCCAGUGUGGUCCAGUUCUAUUACAUGUGGAAGACUACGGACCGCUACAUCCAACAGAAACGACUAAAGGCAGCGGAGGCAGAUAGCAAGCUGAAGCAGGUGUACAUCCCCACCUACACCAAACCCAACCCCAACCAGAUCAUGGCUCCUGGAAGCAAGCCUGGUAUGAACGGGGCCACUGGCUUUCAGAAAGGACUCAGCUGUGAGAGCUGCCACACGGCCCAGUCUGCUCAGUGGUAUGCCUGGGGUCCUCCCAACAUGCAGUGCAGACUAUGCGCCUCCUGCUGGAUCUACUGGAAGAAGUAUGGGGGUCUGAAGACCCCCACACAGCUAGAGGGCGCUGCCAGGGGUGGCUCUGAGUCAGGACCCCGUGGUCACAUGACACGCCAGGAGGUCCAGGGCCUGUCACCGUUCACCCGCAAUGAGGGUCGAGCUAAGCUGCUGGCUAAAAACCGCCAGACGUUCAUCCUGCAGACAACCAAGCUAACCCGCAUCGCUCGGCGGGUGUGUGAGGACAUCCUGCAGCCUCGCCGCGCUGCACGGCGACCGUACGCCUCCAUCAACUCCAACGCGGUCAAGGCCGAGUGUAUGAUCAGGCUUCCCAAAGCCACAAAAACACCUCUAAAGACCAAGGUGGUGCCUCGACCAUCACUGGCCACUAUAGUGAAGGAUUUAGCCAUCUCGGCUCCUCUGAAACUGAAGGCAUCCAGAGGACCUCCAACACCCAUCAACAGGAACCAGGCCAGCCAGCCUAGAGUGGGCCAAAGCCUCCUGGGAAAGAGGGGCUUUGACAGCGCUACAGGAGUGCCCUACCCAGCCAAUGGGAGGCCGUAUACGUCAGGUAUGAGGACCACAUCCCAGUCGGUCAUCAAGCGGCAGAAGGUCAGCCAGGGCGAAGCUCCCAACCCUGUGGUGUUUGUGGCUACAAAGGACACUAGGGCUCUGAGGAAACAUCUGACCCAGUCAGAGAUGCGUCGGGCAGCGAGAAAACCUCAUCUGCUGGUCCGGAUCAAGCUGCCGCCACCCCCUCGUUCCCUGGCCAUGCCCCUGCUUCCCUCCAGCACCAGCGAACCCAUCGUCCUGGAGGACUGAAGGGGAUGAUGGAAGGGGCGGGGUCUUUUAACAGGAC